AUGACUGGCUCUGGCUCUCCUUGUGGAGCUUGCAAGUUCUUGAGGAGGAAAUGCGUGAGAGGCUGCGUCUUCGCCCCGUAUUUCUGCCACGAGCAGGGCGCAACGCACUUCGCAGCCAUUCACAAGGUCUUUGGUGCAAGCAACGUGUCGAAGCUCCUCGCGAAUCUCCCCGUGAGCGAUCGGUGUGAGGCCGCUGUGACCAUCUCGUACGAGGCUCAGGCGCGGCUCCAAGACCCCAUUUAUGGAUGCGUCUCGCACAUCUUCGCGCUCCAACAACAGGUAUUCAAUUUGCAAGCACAAUUGGCUUCUCUCAAGGAGCAAGCUGCUGAAAGCCUUGCUCCCUCUUCCACGAGAGUGAACCUUAAUGAGAAAUAUUCUGGAAACAAGGUCAUCUCGAACCAAGCCCUCGACGUGCAAAGUUGGUUGCACAUGGCAAAUCCAAAUAAUUUGCCUCAUCAAUUCAGUUUACAGAACAUGAGCAAUGUGAACACAAUGCCUUACUAUGAAAACGGGUCAAUGGAUUCGAGCUCUGCAGGGAACAAUUACGACAAUUCGCUCGUCCUAGAGGAUAACAUCUCCUUCGGGAGCUUCGAGGAGGCUUCCGGCGGAUCGAUCUCUUCACUGAAUAUGCAAGCAAGCAACAGGCAGUGGAGUUUCCGGGACGCUGACGAGCUCCACUCCUUUGCGUUUGGUUACAUUCACCAUUAA